AUGGAUGUAGAUGAUGGGAUGUUUCCUGUAGCCUUCGCAAUUGUCUCUGGUGAGAAUCACUCUGAUUGGACAUGGUUUUUAGAGCAGCUUAACAUGGCAUUAGACAACACUGGACAGAUUGUUUUUGUGUCUGAUAGGCAUCAAUCCAUAAUUGAUGGGGUCCGUUUUGUCUUUGGGGAUGUCCACCAUGCAUUUUGUCUUCGCCAUUUAAAGGCAAAUUUUAAGAAGAAUCUUCGAAAGCCUAUGUCAGCCAUUUUGAAGAAUGUUUUAGAAGUAUUGCUUACUGAUGCAGCAUAUGCACGGGCAACUUUAGACUUUAACAAUCAUAUGGGUGAUAUAAGGGGUAUCUCAGAAGAUGCAUAUAUAUGGUUAAUGACAACUAGACCAGAGAACUGGGCUAAUUGUCUAUUCCCUGGAAAUCGUUAUGACAAGUUGACUUCCAAUUAUGCAGAGACAUAUAAUGCAUGGAUAUUAAAGCAACGUGAACUACCCAUAAUGCAACUCUUGAACAGUAUAAGGAUGAAACAGAUGGAGAUGAUGUAUAAACGUAAGCAGAAAUUAAUUAAGUGGAAAUAUGAUGUGGGCCCUAAGAUUAACAAGAUUCUAAAGAAACGAGUUCGUAAAUCUGAGGGGCUGACCGUUAGGCGAUCUUCAAUGUCUGGGUUUGAAGUUGAGGGUGACGCAAGUACACACUCAGUUGACUUAAGUUUGAGAUCUUGUUCCUGCAAGGCGUGGGAGAUGACAGGUCUACCCUCUAUUCAUGCAUCUGCAGCGAUAAUUCAGGAUUCGUGGACAACUCCUGAAUUAUGUUUCACAUGA